AACAAACGAGAGAUUUGUGAAUACAGAGAGAGACUUGAUAAGACCUUGGCGUCUCCUGAGCUCACUAAUGAGCAAACUCUUAAAACUCUACUCAGAAAACAGCUAAAUGAAGAGUGUGAUGUGGAUGUGUUGGAUCAAAGAGUAGCUGAUUUAUCUAGUAUACUUGACAAGCUUAGGAGUGUAUCAACAAAGGAUCAAAAACUUUCUAAAUCAAGCAACGAGGCAUCUUAUGGUGAUUGGAAAGUGAAACAUGAUCAUGAAGAUUGUCGUGUAAUGUACCGUGAAGGACCUGAAGGAAGUCCAUUUCACACACUGCUUGUUGAAGGUUACAUGGAUGGUCCUAUCCAAGACUGUUUAUCUGUAUCAUGGGAAUCAUCACUAUAUGAGAAAUGGUGGCCAAAGUCUUCAUUUCCAGCAUUCAGGAUCUUACAAACUAAAUGCUUACAAAAUUUUCGGAUCAAUGAACAGAUAUGUUUAGUGAGGAUGAAAGUACCGUGGCCAAUGACAGACAGAGAAGCUAUGGUGCAGUUUUUCUUAUUCGAAUACUUUAAAGACGGCUUAGUCAUCAUCCUACUAAAUUCGGUUUCAGCAUCACAAGUAGAGAGCAUCGACAAGAACGGUAACUCUGAAGCUGUGAGGGUUGAUUUAGUAGGUGGAGUUGCGAUUCAGAAGGUGUCUCCAGAGAGGAGUUACAUGAGAUUCAUAUCGGAGUUCGAUAUAAAGCUGGACUUGAUCCCUCCAUCUCUAAUAAAUUUUAUGGCUAGGCAGCUCCUCGGCAACGGUUUCAGACUUUUCAAGAAGACUAUUGGUUCGGUGGCUACAUCAGAUGAUUACAGCAGAGUUUUAGCUGAUCCGUUGUAUACUCUGAUACGUCAAGCUCUGUAUUCCACUGAUGAAAUCUGCCAAGCAAAUGAGAUCCAUAGCCAAGAAGGAAGAGAUUGUGAAGAGAAAGAACCACAUUUGGAAGCUGAUGAACCCCACGAAAAUGCAUCUGUACCUUGCAAAAGAGAUGUUCCUGAGAUUGAGGAAGAAGAAUGUGACGAUGAAGAAGAAGAUAAAAGUGGUGUUUCUUCUUCUUCGGUAGAGGAUGAAAAUGUCAUUGACAAGAAUGGUAAAACACUUUUCUGCAUAAGUCCAGAGGUGAAGCAAGCUUUAGGGACACUAGAGAGAGUGAUAUCAAUGGUUAGAAAAUCCAGAACAGGUAACAACACAUCAACAUCUUCGGAGGGAGAAGCAUCAUUAUCAUCAUCACCAAAACAGCAUUUAGAGAGCACUGCGAUUGUUUCAAGUAGCAAAGUUUGUAUUCAAGAUCCUAAAAUUGAACUUCUUGGUGAAGCAUCCUUCACACAUUAUCACACUAACAACAACAGCAACAAUAGGAGAAGUGGAUCGAGUUCUUUUGCAAGAGAAGGCAACAAAAUAGCUCCUGCAUCACCGGAGAUCGAUCUUUCGACAAACUCUGUUGAUGAGGUCACAAGGAUAACAAUCUCGCAAGCCACAACUCUUUUCAGCCAAACAACAGAGAGCAGCGACGAUAAACCGAGCGGUUUAGUAGGAGGCAAGAGCUCGUUUAUGCAGAGAAAACGUAAACAGAGCUGCUUCGGAAUCAGGUGGUCAUGGAUAAGAAGAUUUGCAACAAGAAUAAACCCUAAAGAAGACUCACUCUCCACAUUUUCAUCUUCUUCGCCGUCGUCUGCUUCUUCUACUUCUUCACCGAGGAUGGCUGAUCAAGCUACGCAAGCGAUUUCUGAAUUAUCCAUGGACUCUGCUACCUCCUCUUCGACUGCUGAGACUGGUGCCUGUGAUGGAGCUGUACCUCUGAGUAAAAAUGCUCUGAAGAAGGAACUGAAGCUGAAGCAGAAAGAGGAAGAGAGGAAACGCAAGGAAGAAGAAAAGGCUAAACAAGCUCCCAAGGCAAGCUCCCAGAGCCAGAAGUCGGUGGCAGCAGAUGAUGAGGAUAUGGAUCCUACGCAAUACUUUGAGAACAGAUUGAAAUAUCUUGCGGUCGAGAAGGCUAAAGGGGAGAAUCCAUAUCCUCACAAGUUUCAUGUGUCAAUGUCUAUUCCUGAAUACAUUGAAAAGUAUGGUACUUUGAACAAUGGGGAUCAUGUUGAAGACGCUGAAGUUUCUCUUGCUGGGCGGAUAAUGAGCAAGCGAUCUUCCUCUUCCAAGCUCUUCUUCUAUGAUCUUCACGGUGAGGAUUUCAAGGUCCAAGUUAUGGCUGAUGCAAGUAAGUCAGGAUUGGAUGAAGCUGGGUUUUCAAAGCUCCAUUCGAAUGUUAAGCGUGGUGAUAUUGUUGGUGUCACUGGGUUUCCAGGAAAAACUAAGAGGGGAGAGUUGAGUAUCUUCCCCCGAUCGUUUAUUCUUCUGUCUCACUGCCUCCACAUGAUGCCGAGAAAGGCUGACAAUGUUAAUUCAAAGAAACCUGAAAACUGGAUUCCAGGUCAACCGAGAAAUCCUGAAACAUAUGUUCUGAAAGAUCAGGAAUCUCGAUAUCGCUUCCGUCAUCUUGAUCUAAUGUUGAACGUGGAGGCUCGCCAGAUAUUCAAAACAAGAGCUAGUAUCACUUCCUACAUCCGCAGAUUCCUUGACAAUAAAAAAUUCUUGGAGGUUGAGACGCCUAUGAUGAACAUGAUUCCUGGUGGAGCAGCUGCCCGGCCGUUUGUGACACAUCACAAUGAUCUAGAUAUGAGGCUGUACAUGCGUAUCGCUCCUGAACUCUAUCUCAAGCAACUUAUAGUUGGUGGCUACGAGCGUGUUUAUGAGAUAGGAAAGCAAUUCAGAAACGAGGGUAUUGACCUGACCCACAAUCCAGAGUUCACCACUUGCGAGUUCUAUAUGGCCUUUGCAGACUACAACGACCUGAUGACAAUGACUGAGGAUAUGUUGAGUGGCAUGGUCAAGGAACUAACAGGUGGUUACAAAAUCAAGUAUCAUGCCAAUGGGUAUGAUAAGGAUCCAAUCGAAAUCGACUUCACCCCUCCAUUCAGGAGGAUCGAGAUGAUAGGAGAGUUAGAGAAGGUGGCUAACCUCAACAUACCAAAAGACUUGGCUGGCGAAGAAGCUAACAAGUAUCUGAUUGAUGCAUGUGCGAGAUUUGAUGUGAAAUGCCCUCCUCCUCAGACAACAGCUCGUCUGCUAGAUAAACUUGUUGGAGAAUUUCUGGAAGUCACAUGUGUGAACCCAACUUUCAUCAUCAACCAUCCCGAGAUCAUGAGUCCCUUAGCAAAAUGGCAUAGAUCAAGCAGUGGUUUGACUGAGAGAUUCGAGCUGUUUAUCAACCAACAUGAACUCUGCAACGCCUACACGGAGUUGAACGAUCCUGUGGUUCAGCGCCAGCGUUUUGCUGAUCAGCUCAAGGAUAGACAAUCUGGAGACGAUGAAGCAAUGGCUUUAGAUGAGACUUUCUGUAAUGCUUUAGAAUAUGGAUUGCCUCCUACAGGUGGUUGGGGACUGGGAAUAGACAGACUUGCUAUGCUCUUAACUGAUUCACAGAACAUCAAGGAGGUUAUAUUUUUCCCGGCAAUGAGGCCUCAGGACGAGCCAGCAGCCGUGAAAGCUCCUUUGCAAGCAGAGAACUAA